AUGUGGCACGCCAGAGCCGGGGCGGCUGCGGCGGGCUACCGCGACCCGACCACGCUGCUUGCCGAGAGUGUCUCCUCCACCGCGACCGGGUCCGAUGAGAGCGACGAGGACUACCGCGCGUUGCAGGACCUGACGAAGGCUGCGCCGGGAAGACAGGCGGCCACCAGCCGUGUGCUGACCGGGAGCAGACACCCGGACGCCGACGCGGAGCGGGUGCAGCGGCAGCGUGAGCUGCAAGAGCAUCGCUUCUUCCGCAAGCGCGGCGCUCUGGACUACCGACACAGCGUUGUUUUCUCGCCCGCCGGCGAUGAGCCGACCGAAGGACGGGGCAGUGGCGGCGCCGUGUCACGCGCGGCCGUGGAGGUGGCGCCCUCGGCUCGUCCGCGACGGCAGCGAGAAGGCACCGCCUCAACAAGACGGUUCGCCGCCGACGACCCGGGCGAAGACUGCGUGCCGGAGGAGCUUCGGGCGUGGUACGUGGCGAGCAACGGUGCGAUGCGCGUGGCGAUGCAGGGGAAGGCGCGCCACUCCGCCACGCGCGCGGCAUCGGCGGAGUCGCGGGACUCGCGCGCCGGAGACGACACAUUCGCGCCGAUGGGCGCGCUCACUGAUCGACCUCCAACGACGGGUUUGGCAGAUGACCGCGACAAUGGCGAGGACGACGUGUUUGGCGGCGUCGUUGUCCGCCCAUCCAUCUGCAGCGGCGGUGCCGGCACGACGUCCGUGAACGUCCUGCAGAGCCGCGCCGCCCCGCGCACGGGCGAUGGGGCACAGUCACCAGGAGGCGGUAGGGUUGGCGCCGCGGCAGGGGCACAGGCGGCCGCGUCACUCUCCUUCGGGUUGGGUGCGACGCCCGAGUCCAUCAGGAAGGGCAGCGCGACCGCGGCAGCGGUCACGGACGACCCAAAGAUGGGAUCGAACGCUUGGGGGGGACGGCCGCCUUUGCGGGCUCACCGCUACGUCGAGCAGCCCAACGGCCUCUUCAUCGACCACGCGCGACAUGCCGACCUGCUGGCCGAGUACGCCGCCGAGGCCGAGCUGCGUCAUGCUCAGGAACGGGAGGACGCCCGUCGUGCGCGGCGGUGGGCGCGCGUGCUCUACGGCCAAAGCAGUGGAGCUGGUCGUGGCGGGGGGCGGGGGCAAAACGGGACGACGGCGGUGACCGCCUCGGCGAACGCCAGCGGCACGACGAUGGCGCGCAGCAGUUUCUACUGGUUGUACGACGCGGCGACAUACCGCCGCCGCUUCCUCUCCACGCUGCGCUACCUGCAGCGGGUGCACGUCUUUCUCGGCGCCUUUGCCGCUGGUGUGUCACUGCUGACGCUCCUCGCGAUCACGGUGCCCUUCCCCGCCCCCUACAUCGGCAACGACGGUGUGGUCGGCGCUGGUCCCGGCAGCGGUGCAUCUGCCGUACUGCUGCUGGCACUCUUCGCCAAUGCGUCUGCCACGCCGGAAGAGCCCGCCGCCGCGCACGUGCUCCCGGUGCUGGAGCAGGGCUACCCGGCCUUUGCCCUCUUCAUCUCCCUCCUCCAGGUGUACCACGUCUCCCUGCUCCUGUGUCUGUGCCUCCUGCUCGUCAUCACGGGGUACGCGCCGGCGCCGUGGUCCGUGGCAGAGGGAUACUGGAUGGCGCAGCGGCGGCAGUGGCUGCAGCAGGAGUACGAAGAUGCCGAACACGCAAGCAAGGGGGGCGGUGAGGAUGGAAAGCCUCGACCACCGGGCGGCGGCGGCGAGCUUCGCAACGACAGCAUCACCAGUAGCGAUGGCACCGUCUUCCCCAGCACUGGUGGUGGGCCAGGGUUUGGGGGCCCGCGAGGGCCGUCGAACACGGCGUGCCGCGAUGCCAUGUCCUCCAGCAGCGUCCUCGGCGGCGGCACGCGCCACAGUGGCCAACUGGACGACGGCUCCCGCUCAGCGCUCUUCGCCACGAGGGCCCUGCACCACUUCCCCGACGAGUGGCUGAGCAUGUCGAUGGGCGGUGGCAGUGGUGGUGGUGGUGGUGGCCGGGCGAACAGAGGGGUGUACGGUAGCGACGAGCUGGACUACAGCGGCACGAACGUGCUCUGCGGUAGCCGCCGCGCCACACACGGUCGUCACCGACUUGACUCGCUGAGAUACAGCGUGAACCUUGGCGCAAGCACCGGGCCUGGUGGCCUUGGUGCCACCUACGCCGCGUACGGUGCCACGCUUAGCGACCUCCCCGGGAUGGGAAACUGGGGGACGCUGGGCGAGGCACAACACACGUUCCCAUCUGCCACCAUGCUGAUGUCGCCGCGCGAACGCGGUGGCGGUGCGAGCCGCUACCAUCCGCUGCAUCGAAACAGCGAAGGCGGAACUCUCAUCAGCAGCGCAACGGCAGAUGCGCCGGGGCGUCAUCAGCAGCAGCAGCAGCAGCAGCAUAGGCUGCAGGGGGGCUUCGCGCUGCGUGGAGAUCGUCCGGCGCAGCGGGGCGGCGGCGCUGCCGUCAACCGCACUCUGCGGCCACCGCCUCCUGGGUUGCACUUUACAGCCAGCAUGCUGGAGGGCAGCCUCUCGGCAAACAACGUGUUCACGCGCACCUUCGACAGCAUCGAGCGACGUGCCAUGCAGGGGCUCUACGAUGCACUGCGUGUGUUGCCGCGCGCCUUCUGCUUGCUGUGUGCGCGGCGCGGCGACGACACCAUCAAAAGCAGCGGCGCCGGCAGAGCCCGAGGUGGAGCAGCGCGGGACGCUGACGCGUGGCCGCGCUACGUGGAAGGCGGCGCGACAGCGGCUGGGCGGGAGCUGGCCUCAUCCUUGAGCCCACAGGUCCACCACACUCACCCCGUUCUGCCUGCCCUCCUCUACCUGCACGUCCUGCUUCAGCCGCGGCUCUGGUGCGUGGUUGUGGCGUUGGCGCUUACCGUCGUUGAGAUAGCCUUCGUCGACGAGCGCACUGUCGAGCUACUGUGGCUGGCGCAGCCAGCGUCGUGGUGGUCGGCGGCCGCCGUGCCAUCACAGCGGACGACCAGUAGCGGCGACGUCGUCCUUCCUCACGCGUGGACAGUGGCGAACUUCACGCCAACGUCCGCGAGGACGAGCGGGGGCAGCGGCGGCCGAUUUCCUGCAGUAGCGUCGGGUAUAGCUUUCCUGCCGGGCGGCGCGUUGCCGGAUGGCGCCGAAGACACCUCCGGAUCUCUGUGGCGCGUGCUGAUGGCGGUCUACGCGACACGCACGGCGGUGCUCUGGGUCGCCUUCCUGCUGAACGCAUUUUUCUAG